CUGGCACUGACUAGUGACUACUGUGUACUGAUGCGCUAACCAGGACAAGGAUUAUGACAUAAACGACGUAAAUUUCUGAUACCUUUUUCAUUUCUCGAGUACAGACGUUACUUCAUCAUCAAAAUGGACAAAAUUCAGCACAAGUUCAUCCCAGUCGGUGGACUGAACCUCCACUUAGCCGACAUCGGAACCGGCAGUAAGGUGGUGUUGUUCCUGCACGGAUUUCCUUAGAUAUGGUACUCGUGGCGGCACCAAAUGAUUGCUCUAGCCAAUGCAGGGUACCGUGCAAUCGCACCCGAUUACAGAGGAUAUGGACUAUCCGACCCGCCACCCGAACCCGAGAAGGCCACGUACAGGGACAUAAUCAACGACCUCGUCGGAAUCCUAGAUUCCCUCCAAAUAACUAAGGUGGUUGUUGUAGCAAAAGAUUUUGGAGCCAGGGUUGCCUAUAUGUUUGCUCUUCUGCAUCCGGAUAGGGUAUUAGGAAUUGUAACCGUGGGAGCGCCAUUUGUACCUCCAGGUCCCGCUCAAUUCAAUAAAUAUCUUCCUGAAGGUUUCUAUAUGUCUAAAUGGCAGGAACCUGGGCGAGCAGAAGCUGAUUUUGGUAGAUUUGAUGCUAAAACAGUGGUUAGGAACAUCUAUAUUCUCUUCUCAAAAAGUGAAAUACCAAUAGCUGAUGAGAACCAAGAAAUCAUGGAUUUAGUAGAGCCAUCAACUCCUCUUCCUUCUUGGUCCAAAGAGGAAGAUCUUGCAAUAUAUGGGGCGUUAUAUGAGAAAUCUGGUUUUCAAACUGCAUUGAAGGUUCCAUAUAGGUCAAUUAAGAAAUAGUUUGGCACAACAGAACUUAAAGUUAAAGUUCAAUCACUCCUUAUCAUGGGAGCCAAAGAUUAUGUCCUUAAAUUUCGAGGCAUGGAAGAUUACAUAAAGAGUGGGGAGGUCAAAGAGUUUGUACCUAAUCUGGAGAUCAUAUAUUUGCCUGAAGGAGCCCAUUUUGUUCAGGAGCAAUCACCUGAUGAAGUCGAUGAGCUAUUAUUUUCUUUCCUUAGUUCUCGUAUAUGGUCAUGAAAAUUUGCAGUAAAUUGUAUCAAAAACUUAAGAAGUGUGUUGAACUCGAUCCAAUUCUGGUGAGGAAAUUCCAUGCAUAAUUGUAUGAUGAAGAACUUGGAUUUGUGGUUCUUCUCUGUGGCAUGGACAUGGUACCUGUCAAAGAAUUAAGAACCAGAAUGUACUGUUGAACAUGUUUCCUUUCUCGAACAAUUAAUUGGAAUGCUGGAUUUUGAUGUAUUUGGCAUUGGGCCAGCAAAGACUGUGCUACAGACUACAGAGACCUCAUACAUGCUUUGUUAUACUGCGUUACCGUAUCACUUUCCAACUUCCAAAUAAAACUUAAAAUAUCUACGGUGAUAUAAAGCAAAGCUUGUAAUAACUCGACUCUCUCUCCCUCUGGCUCUUUAUCUGUCUCUCGGAAUGGAUCAGAUACGGCACAAAUUUGUACGCAUAAGAGGAGUUAAGCUUCAUAUUGCAGAAAUUGGAACUGGAACAUCGGUAGUGGUAUUCAUACAUGGUUUUCCAGAGAUAUGGUAUUCAUGGAGACACCAAAUGCUUGCAGUUGCUAGUGCUGGCUACCGCGCAAUAGCACUAGAUUUAAGAGGCUAUGGAUUAUCUGAGCAUCAUCCAGAACCCGAAAAGGCGUCCUUCGAUGACUUUGUGGAGGACACAAUCGCGAUCCUUGAUCAUUACCAGAUUCACAAGGCGCUCCUGAUUGGAAAAGAUUUUGGUUCCUGGCCUAUUUAUUUGCUCUAUCUUCUCCACCCAACAAGAAUUUCAGGAGUUGUGUCAUUAGGUGUGCCAUUCUUUAUACAACCUCAACGGUACAAGGACCUUCUUCCUGAAGUUUUCUACAUCUCAAGAUGGAAGGAACCUGGAAGAGCUGAGGCUGACUUUAGCAGAUUUGACGUGAGAACUGUAUGGAGGAAUAUUUACAUUCUCUUCUCAAGAAGUGAAAUUCCUAUAGCAGAUACAAAUAAGGAGAUUAUGGAUUUGGUGGAUCCAUCAACACCUCUGCCUCCACGGUUGACCAAUGAGGAUAUUGUGGUCUAUGAAACAUCAUAUGAAAAAUCUGGUUUUGAUUCUCCCAUGCAAGUCCCUUAAAGGGGACUGCGAGUAGACUUCACUUUGACUGAUCCAAAAAUUGAGGUUCCAGUGCUGCUAAUAAUAGGUGAGAAAGAUUAUUUCCUUAAAUUCCCAGGAAUUAAGGAGUACUUAACCAGUGGUAAAGUGAAGGAUUAUGUUUCUGAUUUUGAGAUAAAGAGCUUCCCAGAUGGUACCCAUUUUAUUCAAGAACAAUACCCAGAUCAGAUUAAUCAGCUUAUCAUCGGCUUCCUCGAGAAACGUGCUUGAUCAAAGCUGUUUAAAAUAAACUGUGUGGUGACAGACAUCCUGCAUUUUCUACCCAAGUUGAAAUCUUUAAUGUAAUUCAGUUUCAUAUGAAUUUCAUGGAGGCAUCCAAUCAAAGAUCAAACGUUGAAAGAAAUCGUACGUAAUAAUAGAAAUUAGUAAUUUGAAAACAUAUUUUACACUUUGAAAAAAUUUUAGGAGUUCCUACUUUCCUUAAAUGACCAAGUUAUUAGUUCUCACAUGUUCUUCAAACUCAAUUGAGUUAUUUUGAUUAAUAUAUUACUUGAGUUAAUUGAA